ACCACGUUCUCACUAAUUAACACGGUUAGAUGAUAUCUCGUCUGCACUAUAAUAGACCGUCAUAAUAUCACCGGCUGCUGGGAAGAUCGACAGUACAAUGCUCAGCUGGCGUGACCGAUUAACAUAGUGUCAAAGGAUAAAUUUAACAAUAUAUGCGAAAGCAACUUCAAAAUGCAGCCAGUUUCUGAAUUCUACACCGAUAAGGGUAUCUUCAUAACUGGAGGUACAGGAUUUGUGGGCAAAGUUCUGAUAGAGAAACUGUUAAGAUGUUUUCCUGGAAUAAAAUGUUUAUAUUUACUGACGAGGCCAAAGAAAGGGCAAAAUGUCCAGGAGAGGCUGGAACACAUUCUGCAAUGCAAGUUGUUUGACAGGCUCCGAGAGGAACAGCCAAAUUUUACUCAGAAAAUCGUCCCAGUACAAGGCAACAUGCUUGAGCAUGAACUAGGGAUAUCCAAUGCGGAUUUAGAAAAGAUCCAAAAAGAAGUAUCCAUUAUAUUUCACUCAGCUGCUACUCUCAAAUUUGAUGAACCUUUAAGAAUAGCGGUUGAAAUGAAUGUGAUUGGGGUUAGAAAAGUAGUGCAUUUAGCCAAGCAGUUGCCAAAUUUACAGGCAUUUAUCCACGUGUCGACAGCCUAUUCGAACUGUGAGCGACCAAUGAUAGAAGAACUAGUCUACCCAUCAGUUGUAAGCCCCGACCAGAUCAUAGAUGCCAUCAGUUGGAUGGAUGAUUCACUAGUCAAUGCCAUGACACCUUAUCUCCUCAAAGAGAAACCAAACACAUACACAUUCACCAAACAUCUUGCGGAAGUGCUUCUCACAGAAGAGGCAACUGAUUUACCAGUGGCCAUUGUUCGACCUUCAAUCAUUGGAGCAGUAUGGAAAGAUCCUCUCCCUGGCUGGAUUGAUAGUUUCAAUGGUGCUGCUGGAUUAUAUGUAGCGACUGGGAAGGGUCUACUGAAGUCUCUCCAUUGUGAACUAGAUGCAAAAGCGGACAUCGUACCAUGUGACAUGGUUGUGAAUAUGCUUGUCAUUACUGCAUGGCACACAGCAAUCAACAAACCCAAAAAGAUAAACAUCUACCACUGCACAACGGGGACCUUGAACCCAUUCACAUGGGGAGAAGUUGGGAAUGUUGUGACAAAGUUCUUCAAGAAAAACCCCUUGGAUUCGGUAUUCAGAAGACCAAACCUUGUCAUGACUUCAAGAAGCUACAUUCAUGAUUACUGGGUUGUUGUGUCUCAUUUGAUUCCGGCAUACAUAGCCGACCUGGGAUUCAGAAUGGUUGGCAAGAAACCAAGGAUGGUACAUAUCUACAAGAAACUGCAUAAAGUGAUAGAAACUCUGAAUUUCUUCAUCACCCACGAGUGGCACUGGUCAUACAACAGUCUGGAUGUCCUGCAUUCCAGCAUGUCCACAGCUGAGAAGAGCUCAUUUUAUCUUGACCCAAGGGCUAUCGACUGGCAUCAUUACAAUGACACGUUCUGUUUUGGUGCGAAAAAGUUCAUUCUCAAUGAAGAUGAAAAUGAAAUUCCUGCAGCCAGAGCAAAUUUGAAGAGACUUCGAAACAUUCGCUACUGCUUCAACACGCUAGUUGCUGUGACCCUUUGGAGGGUUUUGGUUGCAAGGUCACAACUUGCUGGAAAUUUGUGGUAUUUGAUCCUCGGACUGGUCUUCAAGUUUGUGCGCUUCUUGAAAAUCAGCAGCACACUAGCUGUGCAGAAAUCAACUGAUGCACUGAGGCGCUGAGUUGACCAACCAGAUGGCAGCAUAAUCAGGCAAAAAUUAUUAUGAAGUGUUUGAUGGCCAGUUGGGCGGUACCAUCAAGUGUCAUUACAAAGUAGCAACUAUUAAGUAUAGAUUAUAGGUAAUCUGUACUUGCCACUCUGAAUGAUGUAUGUAAAGCAUGAUCGAGGUCAUAUUUACAAUGUAGGCUUAGUUCUUCUGGAGUAUUAUGUUAAUUUCUAGCAGUUUGUUAAUUCAUUUAACACCAGCUCUCAAUUACUUUAAACCACCAAAUUUUCGUGAUAACCAAAGAUUUCUGACAAGAAAAGAUUAUCACCAUUUUCAUUUUGGCGGAUUACAAAAUUUCCUGCAUAUAUGUACUGAUGGUGGUGGUGUUGCCAUUGUGGCUAAUCGGAAAAUUUGCAAAAGCUCUGAUUCUAGGAGGCGGUGAUAAUAUAUCUUUCUUAAGAUGACUAGUCCGACAACUUCAUAUCAGGAGAUAGGAGGCAGUUCCUUUGUGGUAAAAUUAUCAGCCUUAGCUUUUGAAAUCUGGCUGUUGGUUUAUGCCUGUAUUUGAAUUUGCAUCUAAAAUUAAGUUCUUAUUUAUUUGAGGAUUUUCAAAGACUGUAAACAUGGUAAACUACCAAAUUUGUGCAGGCAUUUUUAUUUUCACUCAAUGCAAUAUUAAAAAGGUGCAGAGAUUUGGGUGAUAACAGUAACAUGCCAACAAAUUAUGAAAAACGGCUGCAUAACUCAAAAAACAAUGGGGGUGAAAACGUGACAGUUUUGUUUUUGUAUAUAUUUUCAUUUACUAAAAUAUAGUGAGUCUUGGUGCUUGAUAUAGCAAGAUGAAAUUUUCUUUACUGAAUAAGCUGGGCCAACAUAUUUACCCUCCCAGGUACUUUAAUUUUUCAUAUCGCUACUUAUGAAAUAUUUAGAAAAGAGGCAAGGAAACUAAAUAUAGUAGGUAAAUAUUAUGUAACUCCUCCAAUCUGGUUUUGGUUUAUAUGGAAACUGCAUUGUUAACUCAUGAUUUCAGCCAUGCAAUGGUAAGGUAGAAAGAGAAACUCGUGUUUAACCUCAGACUAUUUCAAGCAUCUCGGAACAAAUAUGUCUUUGUUUUGUUUUAUAGCAUAUAUUUACCAUAAUUGAGAAUUAGGUCAAAAGGUGGAAAUGCCCACUACAAACUGUAAAAUGUGGAGUUGCAGCCUUUUACGCUGUUACCAUUGCAUGGUUGACCUUGGUUGGAAAGAUUUGCAAAAAAUGGUAAUGUGCUCGACUUUCAAAUGUGCUCUUGAUUCUAUUAUAAAUUUCAUCUGUCAUUUGCCUUCAUUUUAUAAGUUAUAUGGUAUGUAUUUCAAUCUCCACAACUGGUUAUCCAUCCUCUUGGUGUCUUGUCCAACCCAAAAGCAGAGGAUGUUUACGAGAGUUUUUCUCUUAUUGAUACUUAUUUAUGAAAAUAAUGAGCUGAGUAUAUAUACCAAUAGGCCUACUGUGAGAGAGUUAUCAAACUGAGUACAGUGUCAAUUGGAAUGCUUUGUCUCAAUUUAGGUGUAAGGACUAAGGAGGACUUCUCCAGCUGAUCUUUGAUUCAUUUUAUUCUUGAUGUUGUGUCAGCUAUGUGGAUUAAUUCCCUAAUUAGUGCUAAUUAGUGCUAAUUAGCCCCCCCCCCCCCCAAAUUGUAAGUGACCAAAUACAAUGCUACAAAUAGAACAAAAAGAAAAUUUCAGCAUAAUAUAUUUUCAAUUAAAAAAGAGAAUUUGAUAGAACUUA